UUUGCACACGGCUAAGCAUUUUGGUAGUAGUUUUAGAAAAAUCGGGUUUAGUAAAAAAAUAAUUUUAGACGCCCGUCACCUUACCUAUUUUAGUGAUCUUAUACCGGCUUUUUUACUUUGACUGGUACUUAUGUCCAUUGCAUUGUCUUCCAAAACUCGAUAAAUAAAAAUGUCACCGCCUUUGAGUAUUCAUAGAGUUGUAGUUGUUUCUCUUUUUCUUCCGUAUACUGCUUCUUUUGAUAUUGGUAAAGACAAAGAGUAUAAAUACUCUCGUCCAGUUGAUAUCAAUCUGACCGUGCCAAAACCAAACCUAAUUGAAGGAUUGGCGGCUAAGCGCGCGGACGGGCCUGCUUCACCAAUUCAACAAGUUGAAGAUCCUAUCAAUAAGCUCUUUCCUUCGAAAGUACCUACUACUCCUCCACAAACUUUAACGAGCUUGACUCAGCCUCGUAGUCGCGCUCAAAAUUCGGGGAUAGAUAAAAAAUUAUCCCCUUCUAUUUCAUCCUUCACUCGGAAAAGGCGUGUUUCAAUAGAUAGUUCAAAUAUUUUCGCUGAAGCUCCUUGGACAAUUGAACCUUGUACACAAGGCAAUAUUGGUUUACAAAAUGCUAUAAACUCUGUUGCUCACAACCUUACCAAACGCGUCUGGGUAGGAACUCUUGGCAUGCCUACAGACACGCUCACAGAUAAAACACGUGUCGAUAUUCGUGCCAAACUGACGACAGAAUAUGAUUCAAUUCCCGUAAUCGUUCCAGAUCAUGAUUUUGAAGGACAUUAUAAUCAGUUUUGUAAGCAAGUUCUCUGGCCUACUUUUCAUUAUGUUCUUCCGGAUAAUCCAAAGAAACAAAUUCAGGAGGAUGAAGAUACUUCAUGGAAACAUUACGUUGCGCUUAAUCAACAUUUUGCUGACACAAUUACCGAGAAUUAUCAACCUGGUGACAUAAUUUGGAUCAAUGAUUAUCAUUUAUUGUUGGUUCCGGGAAUGAUUCGUAAAAAACUUCCAAAUGCGAUGAUUGGGUUCUUCCUUCAUAUUCCUUUCCCUAGUUCGGAAAUAUUUAGAUGUUUACCUGUGCGCAAAGAAUUACUUGAAGGAGUACUUGGUGCGGAUCUAAUUGGAUUCCAGACCUAUUCUUUUGCUCGUCAUUUUCUUCAGACUUGUUCUCGAAUUUUAUCAUCAAUAUUAGAAACUACUCCUAAAGGAAUACAACUUGAAAAUAACUUUGUAUCUGUUGGUAUUUUUCCAAUCGGAAUCGAUAUUCAAGCAUUGAACGAUAAAAGGAAAGAUCCAGAAGUGCUCGAAUGGAUUGAAGUACUCGGAGAGAAAUAUAAUGGCAAAAAACUAGUUGUUGCCCGUGACAAGUUGGACUAUGUUAAGGGAGUUCGUCAAAAGAUGUUGGCUUUUGAAACUUUCCUCACGAUGCAUCCCGAAUGGCAAGGAAAGGUGGUUUUGAUUCAAGUAGCACUUUCUACUACUGAGCAAAAUGAAUUACAAAGUCAAGUUUCAGAUGUAGUUGCUAGAAUUAAUUCGAAGUUUAGUAAUCUCGCGUAUCAACCAGUUGUAUAUCUUCAUAAAGAUAUUACUUUUAGUCAAUAUCUGGCUCUUCUUUCAACGGCUGACGUGUGUCUUAUCACUUCAUUACGUGACGGAAUGAAUUUGACAUCGCACGAAUAUGUGGUUUGCCAAGAAACGAAACAUCGACCAUUAAUUCUUAGUGAGUUUGCUGGAACAUACGGAAGUUUCGGUGCAGCUAUACGCAUUAAUCCAUGGGAUUAUCAGGAGUGUGCCAACGCCAUUCACGAAGCUUUAAUUAUAAGUGACGAAGAGGCUACAACUAAAUGGAAGGAAUUAUACGCGUAUGCAUCUUUGAAUAGUGCUCAACAUUGGACUGAAAAUUUUGUAUCAGAACUUGAAAAGGUCCACAGUGAUAUGCAGAGACGUUUUUCCAUUCAUAUUCCACAUUUGAACCCAAGAUCAUUUUUGGGAGAUUUCAGAAAUUCUCAAAAGAGAUUAUUUUUGUUAGAUUAUGACGGUACACUCGCGGCGUAUGAAAAGGCUCCGAACACCAAUAAUUCAACAAAACGUCUCGUUGACCUUUUAACUAGACUUACAAGUGAUUCGCGCAACGUGGUAUAUGUAAUGAGCGGAAGAACGUCCGAUAGUUUAGAAGAACAAUUAGGUGAAGUACCUAAUCUAGGAAUGAGCGCUGAAAAUGGGUCAUAUUUGAAAUUAAUUGGCGGCAAAUGGGAAAAUUUAUUUACUGAUUUGGAUAUGAGCUGGAAGGAACAAGUGAACGAGAUAUUCGAGUAUUAUACAGAAAGAACACCAGGAUCUCUUAUAGAAAAAAAGAAUUUAUCAAUAGUUUGGCACUAUCGUACGGCCGAUAAUUCAAAUUAUGGUGCUUGGCAGGCUGCUGAGUGUCAGAACCAUAUUCAAGAUGCAUUGGGAUCAACAUAUCCAAUUCACGCAAUUGCUGGAAACAAAAACAUUGAGGUUAUGGCACGUAAUAUUAGCAAAUCUGUUGCGGUUAGGCAAAUUCUCACAACAAUUGAACCAGAUUUUAUUCUUUGUAUGGGAGACGAUCGAACAGAUGAAGAUAUGUUUGAUUUUGUCAAUAAGUUGGACAAUGUUAAAACAGUAAUAACUUGUACAGUUGGGUCGAAAAGUAGCGAGGCAAAAUGGUUUGUCAGUGGAGUAUUAAGGUAAUUUGUUUUAGAACACUAUUGAAACUUUUAUAUACAAUAACUAACUUUUUGUUUUUUUUUCAUAUUUCACGUAUUUCAGUGUUUUAAGUAGUUUAGAAAUA